AUGGCCUCGAGAUUUCUGGAGAAUUUCGGCAAAUUCAGUGAUGCUGAGAGAUUGCUCCAACGAGCCUUGGACUGGCAGACCCAGAGUACAGAUCCGCAAGAUCCCCUCAUUUUAGAUAUGAAGGGACGUAAAGGAGAGCUAUUGGGUUGUCAGAGCCGAUUCAGAGAGGCCGAAAUUAUGUUCCGCGAAGUGGAAGAGGCACACGCGGCACGACAGACUGGCGAUACGCCAAAUAGAAUCCGCAAUCUUAUCAACAUUGCAGAAGUACUCUCUGAUCAAGUAAAAUACGAGGAAUCAGAGAAACGGUAUCGCGAGGUGAUUGCGAGGGCGAAAGACUCGCCAGAGCUCCGAUUCAACUAUUUGCUUAGUCGGAACAACCUGGCAUUCGUGCUUCGACGGCGGAACAAAUUUGAAGAGGCAGAGAGAAUCUACCGCGACCUGAUAGCAAUCCGAGAAGCCGAAGCAGGAUUCGAGCAUCCGGAUACGCUUAUGAAUUAUAGCAAUCUCGCUAUUGUUUUGAGCGACAUGGGGAAGUUGAAAGAAAGUGUGGAAAUAAACCAGCGAUGCUACUCUACGGGACUUCGAACGCACGGUGCCUACCAUCCAUGGACCUUACUCAGUGGAAGUAACCUUGGUAUUCAGCUUUACGAUGUUGGUCGAGCUGAAGAGGCGGAGGGAUUGCUUCGGAAGGUUCUGUCUCAAGCAGAAAGAGUAUUUGGGAGAGAUCACCCAAGAGUAAUGCAUACUCUCGAUAGUCUUGCUCUUGUAUUACUUCAGCAGGGCAGAAUACAUGAGGCUUUGGAAGCAGCCGAGCGAGCAGUCCUAAAUCGCGGAAUCAUUUUGGAUCAUGCUCACCCGACCCUGCUUCGAAGUCAGAGUACAUUGGCACGAAUCUUGCAAGCACAUGGCAGACUACAUGAAGCUGAGCGAAUCCUUAGAACGGUCCUGACUGAGCUUGAAAGGAUCUUUGGGAAGGGUAGCAUAUUCCCCCUCGAGGUACGAUACGAUUACGGAUGCGUUCUUCGGGACUUAUACAACGGAGAGGAAGCUAAAGAAUUUUUCCAAUCAUUGUGGAUGACGAGCGAGGAGGCUUUAGGCAAGAACCAUCCGCGUACCUUACUGGCAUCAGUAGAAUAUGCAAUCUCACUGGAACCUCAAGUUCGAGGUCAAGAAGCCAGAAACGUCCUCCUGAAUGCUACACACGGCCUUCACAACUCCCUCGAUCCUGGCCACCCAAUCUUUGACAGAAUUGCAGUAGCUGACUUGGCUCUGCAAUCUGGGAUAGGAGGAAGGGAUGCGGAAACGCCGAACAUCUCCGAACUGUAG